AUGGCUUCAUUAACGUCACCCAUCUCCCUCCUCUGUCUUUACGUCAUAUCCUGGAUGACAUGCGCAUCGGCCUACAAAGUCCUCGACGACGCAUUCCUCCGUCUCGUCCCAGCCGGCGCCGCUGACCUGGACAUCAAGACCGGCGCCCUCCUAGCCCCUCUACUGACAGCAAGGACGGCCGGCUCAGCAGGCCACGCCGCCGCACAGCGGCACUUCAUCGAUUUCUUCCACAGCUCCCUGCCGAAGUGGUCGAUAGACUGGCAGAACUCGACAGACGGCAAGGGCGCAGGAGCCGCCCAGAAUCUCGUCUUCCGCCGGGAGCCGCCCUGGACCAAGCCGGGCCAGGCCAACAUCCUGACGCUGGCGGCCCACUACGACUCCCGCCCCGCCACCGCUGCUGGGGCUGCGCAGCGCGGGGGCUCGGUCGGCGCGGUGGAGAGCGCCGUGUCGUGCGCCGUGCUGAUGCACGUCGCGCGGAGCAUCGACAGGUACCUGACGCAGAUGCACGACGAGAUGGACGCGCUCGGCGAGGGGGGCGAGUUCGACAUGGACAUGGGUGUGCAGGUCGUGUUUCUGGACAGGAGGGAGGGCCAGCGGGGGCAGGGGACAGGGUUACGUUCGCUUGCCGAGGCGUGGGAGGCGGUCAAUCCUGCGCUGUCCAACUAUCGCACUCCGCUGAACCAGAUCAGUAUGUUCGUUCCGGUGGAUCUGAUCGGCGCGGCGAACCCAAUGAUAUCAUCAUACUUUGAGACGACGCACUGGGCAUACCGCGGGCUGGCCAACAUCGAGAGCCGUAUGAGGAACCUUGGGCUCUUGCAGUCCAAUGUAACCGGGCCAAUCUUCAACGAGACUGGCAAGAGUACGGCUCAGUUUGUGGGCGGGCCGGCCCAGGGUGAUUAUUUUGAUUUCCUAUCGCGAGGAGUACCGACGAUGCCGAUUAUUCCGCCCACACCACCAGCGGUCUGGAAAACGGCGCAAGACGAUGGGCAGCAUCUCAAUGCGGCCACCGUUCAGGACUGGUCGAAGAUUAUGACGGCAUUUGCGCUUGAGUGGCUCGAUAUGAUGGAGGUCACACCAACGAACGAGUAG